AAAAAUGGCUUCUUCCAACGUUCAAUUGCUCGUAUUCUCUGUUUUCCUCUUUCUUUCUCUCUCCUUUGCUCAACCGUCUUUCCGGCCAGAUGCACUGGUGGUUCCGGUGAGAAAAGACGCCGCCACCGGCCAAUACGUCACUCAAAUCAACCAGAAAACUCCAUUAGUGCCGGAAAACCUUGUGGUUGAUCUCGGCGGCAAGUUUUUAUGGGUAGAUUGUGAUAAUAACUACAUCUCAUCGACUUACCGGCCGGCGCGCUGCCGUUCUGCCCUAUGCUCAUUGGCUGGAGCCGAUGGCUGUGGGGAUUGUUUCGGUUCGGCUAGACCCGGCUGCAAUAAUGACACGUGUGGUGUGUCUCCUUAUAACCCUAUUAUUAGGACCGCUACUAGUGGUGAGUUGGCCACGGAUCUGGUUCAGAUCCGGUCUACUGACGGAUCGAAUCCUGGUCGACCCGUUAAUAUUUCCCGGUUUUUGUUUUCGUGUGCGCCGACGUUUUUGUUACAAGGACUUGCUAAUGGUGUGUCUGGAAUGGCUGGGUUGGGUCGGACGCGAAUUGCGCUUCCGACCCAGCUUGCUGCUGCGUUUAGCUUUGACCGGAAAUUUGCUAUUUGUUUGUCGUCAUCGACGACGUCAGAUGGUGUUGUUUUCUUUGGUGACGGACCUUAUAACUUCCUUCCAAAUAUUGAUGUUUCGCAGUCGCUUAUGCGUACAAGACUGAUUAUCAAUCCGGUGAGCACAACUGGCGCGUCUAGUCCAGGCGAGCCGUCGGCUGAAUACUUCAUAGGAGUGAGUUCGAUCAGAGUCAACAGCAAGUCAUUAUCGUUGAACGCUUCGUUGCUAUCGAUCGAUAACCAAGGCAAUGGUGGAACUAAGAUCAGCACUGUGAAUCCCUAUACUAUCCUCGAGACCUCAAUCUACAAUACUCUAACUGCAGCCUUCAUUAGUGAAGCCGCAAUCAGAAACAUCACCAGGGUCCCAUCUGUAGCACCUUUUGACGUGUGUUUCAGCACAUCAAAUGUGCUAAGCACUCGUGUGGGACCCGCAGUUCCAUCCAUCGAACUGGUCCUGGAAAACCAGAACGUUGUCUGGAUGAUCACAGGAUCAAACUCCAUGGUGCAAGUCAACGAUAACGUAUUGUGCCUCGGGAUCAUCAACGGGGGAUCCAAUCCGAGGACGUCAAUCGUCAUCGGAGGGUACCAACUCGAGAACAAUCUUCUUCAAUUCGAUCUUGCUACUUCAAACCUAGGGUUCAGCUCGACCCUCUUGGGCAGGCAAACUACUUGUGCCAACUUCAACUUCACGUCGAAUGCCUAAAAUACCAAUGUUUAUGUAUUCAAAGAAACAUGUAUACUUUAUGCCUAAAUUACAUUAUAAUCAUAUACUAUAAAGAUACUCGUGUAAUGCAGCGAGAUACAUAUCGAUGUUAAUGUUUCA